AUGAUAAUAACACUAGUAUUGCCCAUUAUUAACUCUCUUGUCCUGAUCAUCUUUAUUCUCCUAGCCGUUGCUAUUCUCACAUUAGUUGAACGAAAAGUACUAGGCUACAUACAACUACGAAAAGGCCCAAACGUAGUCGGACCUUACGGUCUUCUUCAACCCGUCGCAGACGGCCUAAAACUAUUCAUAAAAGAGCCCGUUCGUCCCUCCACCGCCUCUUCCCUAAUGUUCCUCUUAGCCCCCAUCCUAGCCCUUACCCUCGCCCUAACCCUGUGAGCCCCUAUACCUCUACCUUCCCCCAUGGCCGACAUAACCCUCGGAGUCCUAUUCAUCCUGGCUAUCUCCAGCCUAACUGUUUACACCAUCUUAGGGUCAGGAUGAGCAUCAAAUUCAAAAUACCCCUUAAUCGGGGCCUUACGAGCCGUCGCCCAAACUAUCUCCUACGAAGUCAGCCUAGGUCUCAUUCUCCUCAGCACAAUUAUCUUUGCGGGUGGCUUUACCCUCCAAACCUUCAAUAUUGCCCAAGAAACCAUCUGACUAAUUAUUCCCGCCUGGCCCCUUGCCAUCAUAUGAUACAUCUCCACCCUCGCAGAAACAAACCGAGCCCCCUUCGAUCUCACAGAAGGAGAGUCUGAGCUAGUCUCAGGCUUCAACGUCGAGUACGCAGGGGGUCCUUUUGCCCUGUUUUUCCUAGCAGAAUACGCAAAUAUUCUACUCAUAAACACCCUCUCCGCAAUUCUAUUCUUAGGCACGUCUAUUAUCUACUACGCCCCUGAAGUCUCAACUCUUCUCCUUAUGAUUAAAGCCACACUUCUAUCGGCUGUGUUCCUAUGAGUCCGAGCAUCCUACCCCCGAUUCCGUUAUGACCAACUAAUACACCUAACCUGAAAAAACUUCCUACCCCUCACACUGGCUAUAGUUAUCUGACAUUUCGCCCUCUCCCUUGCCCUCGCAGGCCUACCCCCACAUCUUUAG